CGGACAAAGCAAGGAGACCAGCAAUAGGUCGUCUCAAUCCAGAACUGAGUGGAGUCCCUACCAAGGCUCUCCUCUUCAACUCGUCUUCUUCCCCUGGGUUUCAAUCCACAACGGCCCCACUCACUACGGCAACUCCCUUCCGACAUCUGACAUCUGAACAUCUCUGAUCAGCUUGUUGGCAUGGGGACAUGGGAUGCGAAGAUGGGCCUGCCACGGAGGAGGGAGCUGAUAGCAAUGCCUUGCAGCUGUAGAAACAAAAGCUGUGACUGAUCAAGAGGGAAACUGGAUCUGUCAUGUUGCAUUCUGGGUCUGUUUAUAGGAGCAGAAACCAAGGCACCUGAUUGUGGCUUUUCCCUGCUUUCCUGCCUGCAGAAACCACCCAGUCAGGGGCCUAGCAGGAAGAAGCUGGGCCAGAAAGGGACGUGUGUGUGUGUGUGUGUGUGUGUGUGUGUGUGUGUGUGUGUGUUUUUUCAGGGUUCAGGUGCCUGGGGAACAGUAAUUCCAGAGCAACCAAGCUGGGGACGGCCGGAUCUCCUCCCAUAGCCUUCUAUAUCACGGCCCAGCGAGCAGGGUGGGAGCUGGCUUCUUUUCCAGCUUGUCCAGGUUUGGUUCCGGCAGUCCCCGCUGCUUCUCCGGGCCCUGGGUGCUCGCCUUUUCUCCUCCCUUAGCAACCGGGAGCCUGUGGACGCUACCAAGCAGCAACUGGGAGGCUGCGGGAACCGGGCAAGGAAGGGAGGAGCCCAGCCCAGGUGCUCUGAGUCCCACCGCGGCAGCGCAAAGCCACCGUUAGCUGCGUCUGUCUGCACCUGCAGCGGGGUCCAAAAGGGAUUCAGCAAAAAUGAGCCAUUCGCACCCCGCUGGAUUACUUGCCACUUAUAACAGCCUCACAGAUAAACACCUGGCUGGGUAUUUUAACAAUACCAGGAUCAGGCGGCACCUCCUAAGAUCGGGGCUGAUCACUAGAAGUGGGAGGAUACUUUCUGAAAAGGAGUACAAAGUAAACACCAUGAAGCAGGAUCACAAAAAAUACAUCCGGGAGUGCUUAGCCCAGGCCAUCUUCCACAAGGUCCUUGAUAUGGAGCGCGAUCACCAGCUGGAAAUAAAAAGGAAACUGGAUACCUUAGCUAGGAAAGAGCGGACUCAGAGGCUGAAGGGAGAGCACACAAGACGAUUUAUUGAAGAUAACAUGCCCAUUCUGACUCCCCAUCCUCCAGCUGGUCCAAAGACUAACCGUGGCUGUAGCGUUCUGGCUGAGGAAGGACGUUCUAGUCCAUUAACACUGACAGCUCCUCGACCAUAUACUGCCCCAGGAAAUAUGCAGCCUCCAAUUCGAUUGCAGCCUCUUCUCAGUAAUCGCUCAACGAGAAAUGUUUCAAAGAUAACUUCAGGGUCCAAACCCAGAACCUCACUGCUGGAAAGUGAAGCUCCAUUUCCUAUUGGGGGCAAGAAAGCAAUGAUGAAAUUCAGGAACUACAUGGACAAUUCCCAGAGGCCGGAUACCUACCAACUUCCAGACAUUAACAGUUACCUGACACCUAUCCCCCCAACACCCCAACCUCAAGCAGGAAAGAUCUCCAGGGAGAACAGGUCCGAGCCUUGGAGGAGGAAGAGGCUGCGUCCCAUCACGGCUCCAAAUGGCUUAGAGCCCCUCUACACCAGGGAUCAGGGAAGGAUUUACAAAGCAGCACCACAUAGCAAUGCAGUUAUUACAAUGGUCUAUUUCGGGAAGAAUGUGCACCUAUCUUACGAAGACACAGACUUUCGAGAUGAAAUCAAGAUUUACCAACAGCACUGUGGAGGAGAGAACCUUUGUAUCUACAAAGGCAAACUGCUUGAGAAAGACACCUUUCAGUUUAUCUCCAAACGACACCAUGGCUUCCCCUUCAGCCUCACCUUCUUUUUGAACGGGAUUCAAGUGAACAGGCUCAGCUCCUGCUGCGAGUUCAAGCACCGUAGGAGCUCGAGGCUCGGAGGCAAGAGAGGCUACUUCGGGAUUGUGAAUGUGGAGAAGGCAUCUCCUUGCUACAGGUGUAUUAUUGCCAUGGGCCUUGACAGAAAACCAUCUCCAAUAAAACCUAGGAAGGAAAAGACUGUUGAGAAGAAGGAGGAACCACUGAAGAAGAGUCAGGGGAAACUGAGGAAGGACAGAGAUAAUACACCAUCGAGAAGGAACAAGAUGGAGGGGAAAGAAACCUUGGUCUCAACCACUUUUUCAGCGGAGGAAAUAAAGCCAGGCGUCAGAGAAGUGAGAACAGCUAUAGAGGAAAUGGAAUGGAAGGGCGAGUCAGGACAAGAUGUUUGGGAAGAGGACCAGGAAAACACUUUUAAAUACGACUACGAAGAAGAUUUCGAAGUAGAUGAGGAAAAACAAGAUGAGAGAGCUGAAGACGAGGGUCAGGCUGAAGAUCAGAUGAGUGCAACAUCCAAGUCACCCACUGAAGGAGAAAAAGAUAAUUUAAGCCUUGAAAAGGAGGAGGCACCGGAUGUCCACGACAGUGACAACCGUGAGGAUGAUGGGUGCUCGGACAGUGAAGAGGAGGAUAGACAAGAUACUAAGACCCUUUCAUCGAUCUCAUCCAGAAGUCACCCGUACUCCAGUGACAGUGAAGACGAAUCUACGGAGCUGUGUGCAGACACCCACUCUGGAAACAGUGCGGGGGGAAGUUCCACAAGCUCCUCUUCUCACGACCUACAGGAAAACGAUGACCAAGGAAAAUUCCACUUUCCAGCCGAGGAGUCCUUGGAAACUGAGAUUGAAGAGCAAGAAAUCACAAAAGUAGAUGUGGAUAACGGCCCUCCAUCGACAGAGGUUAGAUAUAUACAUGUUACUGAGGAAGAACCAACAGAGGGAACCCAAGAGAUUACAGAAGCCAAGAUGUCUAGGCAGUCUGCUUCUCCAGAGGCAAAGGCUAAAAGUCAGCUCCAGGUAGGAGGCACAACUGUGGUAGAGGACAGAAAAGCAGGCCUCCCUGGGCUGGAAGAAGAGGUUGGACAGGUAACAGGUGAAGCCCAAUCACCUGAACACUACCGCUCCCACACGGCAGCUGGACUUAGCACCACAGAGGACGGGAUGACACCCACGAGAAAACUGGAGGUCAGCCUGGGCGGAGUGGUGGAGGAAAGAGCAGCCAUCAGCUCAAAUGAGCAACCCGAGCAAGCUGCACAAGAGGUGUGCCCGCCGGAGAAGGAAACAGCCAUGGAGGAAGAUGAAUGUUCCCAGUCUGAGGAUGCUGACACCAAUGCAGGACCGAGGGAGAAAGCAGGAAUGGAGGAAGACGAAGCCCACCAUCCCCAGGAUGCUGACAUGGACAUGGGGCUGAGGGAGAAAGCAGGGAUUGCAGAGGUCCCCUUAGGGAAGAAGAGCCCUACAGAAGAGCAGCCAGCAUUAUCAGAGCAGUCUACAGAGAAAGGGGAGCGCCCGCCGAGCACAGCUGGUGAGGCAGAGACAGGCACAGAAGGCCGUGGCGGGUCUGGAGAGGAGCAGUUAAACCCCACAGGAAAAACAGCAGUGGGCGGCUCAGCGGCGUUUCUAAAUGUGGAGCAAGCACUGGACAGUCAGAGGACGGUGGACCCCGACAGGCAGCGCUUGCUGCAGACAGUGAUGGAGAAAGGAAGGGCAGUUUCUGGAAGGGAGCCAGUUUUGGAGAGGGCAGUGCUCACAGAGAGCUCAGAGUUCAGCUCAGAGACUCCUGGGGAAUCAGCAGUUCUGAAAGAAUCAGGGACUCCUGAAGUGGAGGAGGCACAGAGCCAGGCAGGCUCCCCAGGACCAGAUGGGAACCAAGGCAGGGAGGGAGCUCUCACAGAGCUAGAGGACAAGGGGCCCGUGGAGGACGCAGCACCAGAGAGAGAAGAUGGUUCGGAAGAGGCAAUCCUUGGAGGGGAGAAAGCAGCUACGGAGAGGAAGGGGGUUCUAGAAGCACAAGCACCCUCGAGCUCCUCAGCAGGAGAAGCAGGGGCAAGCCCCAGAGAGGCAGUCCAGGGCCACUCUGAGAAACUCUGUAAGGCAGACACACCAAGGGAGGGAGCUGUGGCUGACACAGAAUCUGUCCUGGAACAGGAUCCCACAGCCGUGCUCCCGGGGGAGUUCACUGCAGCUGGAGACAGGAGGAAAGUUGAGAGGCCCCCAACACCUCCGAGAGAAACUGGAUCUGAAAGAGAAGAGGGGACAGGGGUCAAGGUGGUGAAGACAGAAGAGAAGUUAGAGGAGCAGAAAGCUGAAGGGGCAGAGGAGGGCACAGUGGAGGGAGUGAGGUCUGUGGAAGACGCCCGUGCAUCCCCCAACAAGAUGGAGGUUGAUGCUGAGGGUGUAAGUCCCACAGAGGCAACCGAGUUGAGUGAGGACACAAGGCUUCUAGAAGAGUCACCCAAAGAAAGAACCAUUGCCUUGUUUGAAGCAAAACUUCAAUUUGGGAAGUUACUGGAAGAUAAUGAAGCCACAGCCACAGAGCACAGAGGAGGAGGAGAAGAGCUGCCAGAGCACAGAGGAGGAGGAGAAGAGCUGCCAGGCCCCGAGAGUGAGGCUCCAUUGCAGCAGGGGAGGUUGCCCAGCGCCCCUGGACCUGAGCCAGCAGGCAAAGCUCAGGGGCCUGAGAGUGUGUUCACAGCCAGAGGCCGAGAGCAGACUGCCAAGGAGCUGGGCAGCCUCGAGGGACCAGAGAGACCGAAUGAAGAAGAAGGGCCUUUGCAAAUGCAGAGAAGGGACAUCGUGAUGACGUGUGGACAUCUUCCCGCGGAAAAGCUCACUGUAACAGAGCUGUUCAGCGGAGAGACUGAGGGCGAGAAGACACAGGAAGAGGGGGGUGGGGACAGAAAGCACCCUCCAGGGACAGCGGCUGACAGCCUGGCAGGGCAGGACUGGGCCACGGGAGGAGGCACGGUCAAAGAUGAGGAGGAUCCACAUGGAAGAGGAGUUGAAGAAACAGUUGCAGAGCACGGGGAGGGGCGGGCAGAGUCAAUGUCCACUUCUGGGGACAGUGUGACCUCCUCCUUUGCAGAUGUCCAGAAGGAAACCUGGAACGGAGCAGGCCAGGCUCCAGGAGAAACAGCAGCCGAGGACAGUGUGGCAGCUGAGGACAUGACAUCCAGGACAGAGAAGGUGGCCAUGGUAGAGGGAGUGGCAUCAGCAGAGGCUGGGGAGGUCACACAGGAACAGAAGCCUCCUGAAGUGCAGGGCUCAGAGCCAGGGGAAGCGAAGGCCUCUCAGCAUGCAGGUAUGGCUGUGGAGGAGACAGGGACUAGGAGGCAGGAUGAGGAGCACCAGUCAGAAGCAGCUGAGGAGUUCAGAGGACCAGUGCCUCAAGGAGAGACAGAGCUUAGCAGUUCCUAGAGGCAGCACUUCCCAGGAAGCUGAAUUUUUCUGGAACCCCAGAGAAAUUGCAAAGAGAAAGUUCCCUUGAUCACAAUGGAGUACAUAUGUGUAAUAUGAUGCCUAAAUACCUAAGUUUUGAAUAGUGGAAGUGAACAUCAAAAUAUAUUUAUUUUACAUAUUCUGUUGUUUCCAAGACACCAUCAGGUCAUUAGGGCCUAAUUUCUAUUAUUUUGAAUGAUUUUUACCCAUAGUGCUAUCUUUUUUCCCCCAGCAUAUUAUGGGAAAAGACUGAUACAGGCACCUCACCAGUACUUUAGAUUUUCCUUUAACUCGCUGUUGGCCUUCUUUGGUCUUGAUCUGUAGGUGCUGGUCAGUAGGUUAGUAACCAUGGUGAAAUAGCUCAGGUAGAUUUGCUCUCACGGGAACUGUGGUCCCAAACAGAGAAUGGGGGGUAUUGAACAUUCUACACAGCUAUAUUUAAAUCAAAGUGAUAAUUUUUUAAAUAUUUGGCUUUUACCAAAGAUUACCAGAAGGCGAUCCCUGAUUACUUGAAUUUGUUUAAAUCACUUUUUAUUUGCAGUUAAAUAUUAGUCCCAGUUUCAUGCAUGGAAUUGUGUCUUAAUCACCUGGUCUUCAGAAUGAGCUGCUCGGCCUCUUCCAUGUCCACUUAAAACUGAAGAUUGCCCCAAGCCUUUCCAAGUCCUUCCAGGAAAAGGAUUCCAUGGUGUGGAAAUUCACUCUCUCUUGGAAACGUUAAUUAUUCCUAUUUAUACCUGGUGUGUGUGUGUGUGUGUGUGUGUGUGUGUGUGUGUGUGUGUGUGUGUAAAGUGCGAACCUUCCUGAAAGUGCCCUUUGCUUGUGUGUCUUUGUGUCCCAUUUUCUCUGGUAGACUGGCAAAGUAUGACUUUCAGCAUUUUGUCAUUGGGAGCAUUAUUUAUCAGAUUUCUCAAAUGCAAAAAACAAAAAAAAAGUACUUAGUCUAGGUAACUCUGAGAAGUGUGGUUGUAAUGGGAAAACUUGCUUCAUCACACAUACCCUGGUCCAUCACAGGCACUCUGGGAAGACAUGGUCCAUCACAGGCACUCUGUGAAGACAUGGUCCAUCACACACACACUCUGGGAAGACAUGGUCCAUCACACACACUUUGGGAAGACAUGGUCCAUCACACACACUCUGGGAAGACCUGGUUCAUCACACACACUCUGGGAAGACAUGGUCCAUCAUACACACUAUGGGAAGACAUAGUUCAUCACACACACUCUGGGAAGACAUGGUCCAUCAUACAUACCCUGUACCUGAUGUCAUCCUAAAGAUCUGCAGCCUGUGUUCCUUCCAGGGUUCUGUUCUGAGUGACCCCACAAUAUGUUAGCAAUCAUAAUCACUCUUCAGAUGGUGCCCAUAUACAGUUUCCUAGUUGGAUACUAGCAUAUUGUGAGGGUCUAAGUUUUCUUGAAGACAUCCACACACUAUGCCCCAAAGGUCACAUGAUUGGUGGUCUUUCUACAAGUGAGGAGAUGAGAGUUUUUCCCAGGCAGCAAUUCCCCAGCAGGAGGAGAAUCAACCUUUCAUGGGGGACUUUCACGACUGAAUUCUUUCCCCAUAACAAAGCUUCAGAUAUACUUGGUCUUAAAUGAACCUAUGCAUAAAUAUUUAAUUUUUUCUUGAUUCUACUAUGUAGCCAAAGUUGAGAACCUUUCCCCCAGUCAUCAGACAGUCAUGCUGUCUGCCAUCUGCUCUGUGUUGCUAUUGUCAAGGUGUCCUGUUGUUACAGAUGGUUUUAAUUUUGAUGAUUGUUCAGGAGCUUUUUGAUAAUCAAUGAUGUACCAGAGUAGACAUAUUGGAACAGAGAGUGGACGGAUCAUUUUAUCACGGACAUUAUCACCUACAGCUUGCCACCUGCCCUCUUCUCAUAAUUAGAAACUGCAGAGGGUGUUGGGGCAGGAGUGUGGUGGUGGGAGGGGCAGAAACUGCUGCUUUACCAAACCUUGGAGGUGAUUGAUUCUAAAGUGUACCAAAGCCUGAACACUGCUCAGAUGGAUCACUAGUAACACUGAGGCCUCAUUGUGGUUAAAAAACAGAUUGCAGGAAUACUGUCAAGUUCAUCUUGGUCUCCUUGUCUUUUGUGACAAAGCAUACAGCAUGUGUGGUCAUUCUAAAGGAGAUGGUAAUCACCAUAAAAGUGAUGGAUCCACCCUUCAGCUCAUUUCAGUAUGAUUGUAUGGGGUGUAUUUGGGACUUGCCUCUCAGUCAGCUGAAUCUGACAGCAGGCUCCCUGCCCUGUGCUCUGUUCUAUGGCUGGAUCUCAUCUCCUCCACAUCCAGAUCCACAGCAUUACUGUGACCGAUAUAGGACUUCACCCAGCAUUAUCCGCCAUGCUACAGAGCACUUUGAGCACAAGAACUGAUGAGAAAGAUUUUACAAACUUGUUAAUCAUGUUGAAAAAUGAGGUUUGUACAAUGUGCUAAAUGGAAAUUGCUUUGGAUUAUUUUUAUAUUUAACACCUUCCAUCGGCCCAGUCUGUAGCACAAUUCUACAAUCUGCAUGUGGAUUUAACUGGGAAAUUCAGUGUUGUGAUGUUUUGAUUGAGUGAAUUUUAUCUUUGUAAAUAUUACAACAAUAAAAUUAUGUUUAG